AUGCUUUCCCAAUUGCUUGCUGCGUCGCUUUUUGCGGCUGUCAGUGCCGAGGAAGUUAAACACUACUCCAACUACACUCUUGAAGAAUUGCAGGCGUUCUCGUUCCUCGAGCGCGUGACUCUCUAUGACUGGCGCAUCGAAUCCUUCACCGUGACUUUCACCGUAGUAUUUGUCGGACUCUUCUUCUUCGGAAACAGAUAUAACCAGUCGCUUGUCACAACCUGGUUGGAAAAGCACCGUGCGUUGCUCCAGGCCCAGUUCUUCCAGGUGGGUGUGCAUCGCGACGAGUUGUACGUGCGCGACGAUGCGGAGAACUACUCCUCGUACGCGACCGGGCGCGCCAACAUCGCGGCGCUCAACAUCCAGUUCAGGUUGAAGCCGCGCCACAACGUUUUUAUUUUUGUGAUCGAAACCAUCAUGUCCUAUUUUGUCGAUGCUGUUCCAACCCCGCUUGACCGCGUGGAGAUCAAGAUCACCCCCGGGCCUGAUGCCAACGUGGAUGCCUUUAUUUGGGCACUUGUUUCCAAGAACGGCAUGAACGACCACCGCGCGCACAACUAUUUCUUGUCGCUCACCAGAACUACCGAAUCCACUGAUUUGCCCCAGGAGUACGUCUACAUGUCCGAGUCGCCGGAGUUCAAUACCUUGGCUGCGGGCUUGAAGAAGGUCUUGCCCGGUGCUUCGCGCUUCUUCCGUUUCUUGGCCGUCACCGACCAAGCCCAGGAAAGGCCCCAGGCGCUUGUGGACUUGGUUUCCCAGCCAAAGAUCGUGUUGUCCAUGACUGUUCCAACCUCCCAGAAGGACUUGGACGCUUCCGUGGAGUUAUUGGGUGCUACCCUCAGUUUGGCUGAUACCUUGGCUUCCAAGGAAGGCAAGUUCCGCGCAGACGUCUUAAAGAAGAUUCUCAAGACCAGAGACAACGAGGUUGCCAAGAUCUUGAAGAUCCAGGAGGACAUUAAGAACGAGGAGUUAACCGAUAAGCGCAUCCGGGAGAAGCGCGAAGCCAGAGAUAAGUUGAAGCAGUUGAGUCCAGAGGAACAGGCCAAGCACGAGGAGAAGGAGAGAAAGAAGGAGGAGAAGAAAAUGAAGAAGAAGCAAAAGAAGCAGAGAGUUUAA